UGCCGUAACCACGGCUUGGUGGUGCCGGUGAAGGGCCACGCCGGCCACUGCCGCUGGAAGCUCUGCCUGUGCGACAAGUGUGCCCUCAUCUCGGAGCGCCAGAAGAUCAUGGCAGCCCAGAAGGCCCUGAGGCUGCAGGUGCCCGACCCCCCGGCUGGGGCGGCCGCAGGGCGCCCUUCCCUGGGCGAAGGUCCUGGGGUGGCAGCUGGGGCGGCCAGUGCCCCAGGGGAGAGCGGCCACGAGGGGAUGAAGAGCACCCAGCCUGCCGGCAGCAACAGCAGAAGCAUGGCAUACAGGGGGCCACCGCCUGCCAGCGGCCCUCCCUUCUGGGACUACGCUCACCCUGCUUUUCCUCCAGAAUACAUGGUCAACCCAGAAUACCUGGAGAGAGAGCCUCCAAAAGUGUACCCUGGGUGUUCUGGGGUAUAUCCUUACCACCCAUUUCCAAUGGGAUUCGCCAUCAAUCAGUCAAGCUGUAGGGGAGCACCACCACCUCCAGGGAUAUCACUUCAGAGAGGUUUCCAGCACAUUCCUAACAACUACGGGCCAGGGAAUGCAGCUUCUGUGUCAAUGCCAGAUGGAGGUGGAGAUUUCCAUCAAGGAUACUACACUCCUCUGCCUCAGUUCAUCUCACCGAGUUUUCUGCCGGGGAUUCAUUACAUUCCACCUGCCCUUUCACUGAACAUGUUGGCUGAGACAACCGAGGAAGCACAUGCUACUGAAGCUGACAGUCAGGAUUCCAGGGUGGUUCGUGACCCUGGCCUGCCACCUUCUUCCCCAGAAGAAACAAGCAGAGACCAGUCUGGGUAUUCUAAACAGUAA